AGCGUCAGCGUCAUCAUCUCCAAUACGUGACGGUCUGCACCUGCACCAGAGAAGAAGAAGGAGAAGAUGCUGCUCGUCUCAUUCAUAAUCAGAAGAAUUGUUUCGAUAAUUUAAUGUUUUUUUUAUUAUUAUUUCGAUGUCAGUGAGGUGUAUGUAGGUUUAGAUGAGUUGAGAUUUGACGUUGUUAUUCGCUGUCAGUCAGUGUGUUUAGGGCGUGACGUUGACAAACACUCAGUCAGAGAUCUAAAAUAACGGUAACUUACUUGAAUAACAUUAACAUGAAGACGAUAUAUCUACUGUGUAUUAUAUUUUUAUUCAUCAACGAUGUGUUUGGUGAUGAAGUCAAGUCAGUGUCGGUGAUGGAGGGAGAUUCUGUUACUCUACACACUGAUACUAAACUACAGAGAGAUGAUCUGAUACUAUGGAGGUUUAAAGAUGUAAAUGACCCCAUAGCUACACUUGACAGAGCAGACAAUAAAAUCUUAUAUGGCACUGAUGUGAGAUUCAAAGACAGACUGAAGCUAAGUGCUCAUACUGGUGAUCUCACCAUCACAAACAUCACAACCCAACACUCUGGAGAUUAUCAACUAGACAUCAAUGGAGAUGAUAUUAAAACAAAGAAAUUCAAUGUUAUUGGUGUGAUUAACCCAGAAUCAGAUCAACUAAAGUCAGUGUCAGUAAAGGAUGGAGAUUCUGUUAGUCUUCACACUGACGUUCCUGAUAUCAAGAAAUAUGAUGAGAUACUGUGGAGGUUUCGAGGGAUUCGUAUAGCUGAGUUCAAUAAAUCAGCCAGUGAAAUAUUAGAAGAUAAGAAAUUCGGAGACAAACUGCAGCUGGAUGUUCAGACUGGAUCUCUCACCAUCAGAAACAUCAGAACAGAUCUCUCUGGACUUUAUGAAGUAGAGAUCAGCAGCACCAGCAGCAGUUAUACCAUACAUCAGACAUUCACAGUUACUGUGCGUGGUGAAGUGAAGUCAGUGUCAGUGAUGAAGGGUGAUCCUGUCACAAUAUACACUGAUGUUCCUGACAUUAAAACCUAUGAUCAGAUACUGUUGAUCUUUGGGUGUGAUGAAAAACGGAUUGCUGAAGCAAAUAAACAAAACAAAAAGUUCACUUUAUAUGGGAGAAUCAGAGACAGAUUGAAGCUGAAUGAUCAGACCGGAGAUCUCACCAUCACAGACAUCACAACUGAAGAUACUGGACUUUAUGAACUAAAGAUGAGUAGCAGAAGACGAACCAUUCAGAGGAGAUUCAGUGUUAUUAUCAGUGGAGGUCAGUCUCCAGGUGCUAUAGCAGGAAUAACUAUUUUCAUCCUCCUGCUUAUUGGUGCUCUUGUUGCUGGUGGGUUUUACUAUCAACGUAAGAUCAAAGCAGAAAAAGAAAAACGGGAUGUAAUAAAAAUACUGGAAGUGGAUGAGGGGAAAUCUGCUGAUCUGAAGACUGAAGUUGAUACUGACCUACAGACAGUUGAUCUGAUAGAGUGGAGAUUUGGAGAAACUCUCAUAGCUGAAAUCAAUCCUGUAAACAAAAUCCCCAUUACAUAUGAUGGUGCAUUCGGAGGUAAACUGAAUCUGAAUCCUCAGACUGGAGAUCUCAACAUCGAUGACAUCAGACAGAAACACACUGGAGAUUAUACACUGAAGAUCAUCAGAGAUGGAGAAACCUCAUACACGAGAUUCAGUGUGUUUGUCAGAGAUGAAAUCAAAACACUGGAAUUGGAUGAAGGGAAAUCUGUCGAUCUGAAGACUGAAGUUAAAGACAUAAAGAAAGAUGAUGUGAUAGAGUGGACAUUUGGAAAAACUCUCUUAGCUAAAAUCAAUCCUGCCAAAGAUAUCUGCAGUACAUAUGAUGGUGAUAAUGAUCUAUUUAAAGAUAAAUUGAAGCUGAAUGAUCAGACUGGAGAUCUCACCAUUAGUGACAUCAGACAGGAACACAAAGGAGUUUAUACAAUGAAGAUCAUCAGAGAUAAAGAAAACUCAUACAGGAGAUUCGGUGUGUUUGUCAGAGAUAAUGUAGAAGAACUGGGAGUGAAUGAAGAAGAAUCUGUUAAUCUGAAGACUGAAGUUACUGACAUACAGAGAGUUGAUGUGAUAGAGUGGAGAUUUGGAAAUAAAGAAACUCUCAUAGCUGAAAUCAAUCCUGCCAACAAUAUACACAAUAAAUCUGAUAAAGGUCGAUUCAGAGAUAAACUGAAGCUGAAUGAUCAGACUGGAGAUCUCAACAUCAGUGACAUCAGAUGGGAACACACUGGAGUUUAUAAACUGAAGAUCAUCAAAGAUGGAAAAACAUCAUACAAGACAAUAUCUGUGUCUGUCAGAUGUAAAACAAAAACACUGGAAGUGGAUGAGUGGAAAUCUGUUGAUCUGAAGUCUAAAGUUACUGACAUACAGAAAGAUGAUGUGAUAGAGUGGAGAUUUGAAAAAACUCUCAUAGCUAAAAUCAAUCCUGCCGGCAAAAUCUUCAGUACAUAUGAUGGUGGUUAUGAUCUAUUUAAAGAUAAACUGAAGCUGAAUACUCAGACUGGAGAUCUCACCAUCAAUAACAUCAGACAGAAACACACUGGAGUUUAUACACUGAGGAUCAUAAGAGAUGGAGAAACCUCAGACAGGAGAUUCAUAGUGUUUGUCAGAGGUAAUGUAGAAGAACUGCGAGUGAAUGAAGAAAAAUCUGUCAGUCUGAAGACUGAAGUUACUGACAUACAGAAAGAUGAUGUGAUAGAGUGGAGAUUUGGAGAUAAAGAAACUCUCAUAGCUCAAAUCAAUCCUGCCAACAAAAGCCCCCAGCCAUAUGAUAAAGGUCUAUUCAGAGAUAAACUGAAACUGAAUGAUCAGACUGGAGAUCUCAUCAUCAAUGACAUCAGAUGGGAAAACACCGGAGUUUAUACACUGAAGAUCACCAGAGGUGGAAAAACAUCAUACAAGACAAUAUCUGUGUCUGUCAAAUGUAAAACAAAAACCCUGGAAGUGGAUGAGUGGAAAUCUGCUGAUCUGAAGUCUAAAGUUACUGACAUACAGAAAGAUGAUGUGAUAGAGUGGAGAUUUGAAAAAACUCUCAUAGCUAAAAUCAAUCCUGCCGGCAAAACCUUUAGUACAUAUGAUGGUGGUUAUGAUCUAUUUAAAGAUAAACUGAAGCUAAAUCGUCAGACUGGAGAUCUCACCAUCAAUAACAUCAGACAGAAACACACUGGAGUUUAUACACUGAGGAUCAUAAGAGAUGGAGAAACCUCAGACAGGAGAUUCAUAGUGUUUGUCAGAGGUAAUGUAGAAGUACUGGGAGUGAAUGAAGAAGAAUCUGUUGAUCUGAAGACUGAAGUUACUGACAUACAGAGAGAUGAUCUGAUAGAGUGGAGAUUUGGAGAUAAAGAAACUCUCAUAGCUCAAAUCAAUCCUGCCAACAAGAUCUUCAGUACAUCUGAUAAAGGUCUAUUCAGAGAUAAAUUGAAGCUGAAUCGUCAAACUGGAGAUCUCAACAUCAGUGACAUUAGAUGGGAACACUCUGGAGUUUAUAAACUGAAGAUCAUCAGAGGUGGAAAAACAUCAUACAAGACAAUAUCUGUGUCUGUCAGAUGUGAAACAAAAAUACUGAAAGUGGAUGAGGGGAAAUCUGCUGAUCUGAAGACUAAACUUACUGACAUAAAGAGAGAUGAUGUGAUAGAGUGGAGAUCUGGAGAAACACUAAUAGCUCAAAUCAAUUCUGCCCGCAAAACCUUCAGUACAUAUGAUGGUGAUUAUGAUCUAUCCAGAGAUAAACUGAAGCUGAAUCGUCAGACUGGAGAUCUCACCAUCAAUGACAUCAGACAGAAACACGAUGGAGUUUAUACACUGAAGAUUAUCAGAGAUGGGGAAAUAUCAGACAAGAGAUUUAGUGUGUUUGUCAGAGGUGAUGUUGAAGUACUGCGAGUGAAUGAAGAAGAAUCUGUCGAUCUGAAGACUGAAGUUACUGACAUACAGAGAGAUGAUGUGAUAGAGUGGAGAUUUGGAGAUGAAGAAACUCUCAUAGCUGAAAUCAAUCCUGCAAACAAGAUCUUCAGUACAUAUGAUAAAGGUCUAUUCAGAGAUAAACUGAAGCUGAAUCGUCAAACUGGAGAUCUCACCAUCAGUGACAUCAGAUGGGAACACUCUGGAGUUUAUAAACUGAAGAUCAUCAGAGGUGGAAAACCAUCAUACAAGACAAAAUCUGUGUCUGUCAAAUGUGAAACAAAAAUACUGGAAGUUGAUGAGUGGAAAUCUGCUGAUCUGAAGACUAAAGUUAAUGACAUAAAGACAGAUGAUGUGAUAGAGUGGAGAUUUGGAGAAACUCUUAUAGCUAAAAUCAAUCCUGCCAACAAUAUCUUCAAUACAUAUGAAGGUGAUUAUGGUGAAUUCAAAGGUAAACUGAACCUGAAUCAUCAGACUGGAGAUCUCAACAUUAGUGGCAUCAGACAGAAACACACUGGAGAUUAUAAACUGAAGAUCAUCAGAGAUGGAAAAACCUCAAACAGAAGAUUCAGAGUGUUUGUCAGAGGUAAUGUAGAAGAACUGCGAGUGAAUGAAGAAAAAUCUGUCAGUCUGAAGACUGAAGUUACUAAAAUACAGAAAGAUGAUGUGAUAGAGUGGAGAUUUGGAGAUAAAGAAACUCCCAUAGCUCAAAUCAAUCCUGGCCUCAAAAGCCCCCAGCUAUCUGAUAAAGGUCUAUUCAGAGAUAAACUGAAACUGAAUCCUCAGACUGGAGAUCUCAUCAUCAAUGACAUCAGAUGGGAAAACACCGGAGUUUAUACACUGAGGAUCACCAGAGGUGGAAAAACAUCAUACAAGACAAUAUCUGUGUCUGUCAAAUGUGAAACAAAAACACUGGAAGUGGAUGAGGGGAAAUCUGCUAAUCUGAAGACUGAAGUUAAAAUCAUAAAGAAAGAUGAUGUCAUAGAGUGGAGAUUUGGAGAAACUCUCAUAGCUAAAAACAACCUUGCCCGCAAAACCUUCAGUAUAUAUGAUGGUGAUGAUGAUCUAUUCAAAGAUAAACUGAAGCUGAAUGAUCGGACUGGAGAUCUCACCAUCAAUGACAUCAGACAGAAACACACUGGAGUUUAUACACUGAAGAUCAUCAGAGAUGGAGAAACCUCAGAAAGGAAAUUCAGAGUGUUUGUAAGAGGUAAUGUAGAAGUACUGCGAGUGAAUGAAGAAAAAUCUGUCAAUCUGAAGACUGAAGUUACUAAAAUACAGAAAGAUGAUGUGAUAGAGUGGAGAUUUGGAGAUAAAGAAACUCUCAUAGCUCAAAUCAAUUCUGCCCUCAAAAACCCCAGUACAUCUGAUGAAGGUCUAUUCAGAGAUAAACUGAAGCUGAAUCAUCAGACUGGAGAUCUCAACAUCAAUGACAUCAGAUGGGAACACUCUGGAGUUUAUAAACUGAAGAUCACCAGAGAUGGAAAAACCUCAUACAAGACAAUAUCUGUGUCUGUCAGAUGUGAAACAAAAACACUGGAAGUGAAUGAGUGGAAAUCUGUUGAUCUGAAGACUAAAGUUUCUGACAUAAAGAGAGAUGAUGUAAUAGAGUGGAGAUUUGGAGAAACUCUCAUAGCUAAAAUCAGUCCUGCCCGCAAAACCUUCAGUACAUAUGAUGGUGAUUAUGGUGAAUUCAGAGAUAAACUGAAACUGGAUCAUCAGACUGGAGAUCUCAACAUCAAAGAGAUCAGAGAGAAACACACUGGAGUUUAUACACUGAGGAUCAUCAGAGAUGGAGAAACCUUAGACAGGAAAUUCAGAGUGUUUGUCAGAGGUAAAGUAGAAGUUCUGCGAGUGAAUGAAGAAAAAUCUGCUGAUCUGAAGACUGAAGUUACUGACAUAAAGAAAGUUGAUCUGAUAGAGUGGAGAUUUGGAGAAACUCUUAUAGCUGAAAUCAAUCCUGCAAACAAGAUCUUCAGUACAUAUGAUAAAGGUCUAUUCAGAGAUAAACUGAAGCUGAAUGAUCAGACUGGAGAUCUCAACAUCGGUGACAUCAGAUGGGAACACACUGGAGUUUAUUUACUGAAGAUCAUCAGAGGAGGAAAAACAUCAUACAAGACAAUAUCUGUGUCUGUCAGAUGUGAAACAAACAUAUUAGAAGUGAAUGAGGGGAAAUCUGUUGAUCUGAAGACUAAAGACAUAAAGAAAGUUGAUCUGAUAGAGUGGACAUUUGGAGAAACUUGCAUAGCCAAAAUCAACCCUGCAAACAAAAGCCCCAUUACAUAUGAUGAUGAUCUAUUUAAAGAUAAACUGAAGCUGAAUGAUCAGACUGGAGAUCUCAACAUCAAAAACAUCAGACAGAAACACACUGGAGAUUAUACACUGAAGAUCAUCAGAGAUGGAGAAACCUCAGACAGGAGAUUCAGAGUGUUUGUCAGAUGUGAGUAA